CAAUACCGCGCGCGGCGCGAGGUUGGUGGGGGGGGGGCGAUGAGCGUCCUGCUCCCCAACAUGGCGGACUUCGACACCAUCUACGAACUGGAGGAGGAGGAAGAGGAGGAAGAGGAGGCGGCGGCGGCGGCGGACCAAGAGGAGCUAACGGAGGCCUCCCGGACUGUGGUGAGGAGUCAGGAGCUGCCGCGGCCCCGGGACGCGCCCGAACCCGUGGCUGUGAGGGGCGCCGGGCAGAUCACCGUGUUUGGCUUGAGCAACAGAUUUGACACAGAAUUUCCCUCUGUUCUGACAGGGAAGGUUGCCCCUGAAGAAUUCAAGACCAGCAUCAGUCACGUGAAUGCAUGUUUAAGGAAGAAUCUGCCCAUCACUGUAAAAUGGCUCCUCUGUGGCUGUUUAUGCUGCUGCUGCACUCUUGGAUGCAGCCUUUGGCCCGCCGUCUGUCUUAAUAAAAGAACAAGAAGAUCUAUUCAGAAGUUGUUAGAAUGGGAAAAUAACAGAUUAUAUCAUAAGCUUGGCUUGCAUUGGAAGUUGAGUAAAAGGAAAUGCGAAUCUAGCAAUAUGAUGGAAUAUAAUUUAGAAUCACAAGGCGGGAAGGGACUCAGAGGUCUUCUAGCCCAAGGCAGGAAUCCUUAUUCCAUCCCAGAUAAAUUGUGGCAUGACAGAAAAUUUCUCCAGUGGAAUUGGUUCCACUGAACCUGAGCUACAUACUACUCACUGGACUCCCAUCAAUAGUAAUACUCAUAGAAUUCUUACCAAAAUACCCUAUAUUUCGACCUGACUGAGGAGCAGUAUUACCUUUCAAUGUUACCUGUCACAUCCUACCUGUAGUGCCUUGUAAGGGAUAUUGAAGAGAAGAUUAUCUACUUUGCUCCGAUAUUGUUUUUGAAAAAGUGUUUGUCAGUAGAGUAUCUUCAUUGCUGUGUUACUUUUUUUAAAAAGAAAAAAACUGUUUGCACUUUCAAAAAGGUUGCGAUGCUAAGGCUUGUUUGUGCACUCCCGAGGCAUAAUAUACUUGAUGAACAUGGUCACUAUGGAGAUAAUCUUAUAUCAGUGCUGCUUGUAGUCUUGUUCUGACAUGCUGCCUUAUUCAUUUCCAAAACUCAGUUUUGCAAACACGCUCCCUGGAUCUAUGUAACCAGUGUUCUCCAGGUGUGCUGACUGGGACUUCUGGAGGUUGUAGUCCUGACACAUCUGAAGGGCACCAUGAAGGGAGGAAAAAUUGCAUCUUCGGGCACUUUGAAUUCUUGACAAGAAUGAUCAAGGUUAGCGUACAAUAAUUAAUAUCCUACGUAUCUGUAUUGAUGAUCUGCUUUGCCCGAAUGAACAGCAGUGUUAUUGUCUUUCAUUUGCAAAGUGGCUCAUUUUCCUUUCUCUUUGCUGGAGGGUGGGGGGAAGGGGAAGGGCUGGGUAUGUAAAUAUUACCUCAUUGUAUAGUAUAAAGUGUGGUAUUACGCCAAGGUUUACGAAUUGUGAUAUAACGCCAAUGGCUUUGCAUAGAUUCGUUACAAUUGAUGUACCUUUCAGAUUGUAUUGGCCAUUUACGUGCCACAUGGUGAAGCCAUGAGGGCUUUGUAGAUGCUACUGAAAGUUGGACUCAGGUGCGGUUUGUUAAGCAAACAUAAAGAUGCAUUGUAAUUCUUGCUCCAUGAAAUUGCUAGUAAAAAAAAUUAAAGAUGUAAUUCCUUGAAUUUAUAUGUAACCCAAAGACCCCAAAGCCCAUGGCUUAAGCACAGCAGGCCUCUAAACAAUUCUGCCAGAAAACUAUUGGGACCCCUAUAAUGGAAGGCGAUUUUUUUUUUAAUGGCUUGGUGGCCUACAUUUUCAUGUUAAUUAUCAGUGUUUCUAACCAUGGCAACUUGAAGAUGUGUGGAAGUCCACACAUCUUCAAGUUGCCAAGGUUGAGAAACACUGGUCUGUCUAUCUGAUGUUUAGAUCAUUUCCAUGUCUCUGCUCUUAAUAUCGCAUGUCUUUCAAAUCUGUCGGGCUGCAGUUCCUUUUAACAUUAGUAAGAUUGGAUCCAGCUCUGAAAUUUCACAAACGUAAAGUAUUACACCAAAAUCUGCAUGAAAGUAUUUCUGAAAUAGCAGGAAACUAAAACCUGCUCUCAAGGUCAGUAUUUUGAGAUCCUCCUGUUCUAAGGCUGUGUGCCAAUAGUUUCUCAUCUGGGUGCCUUUCUUGCUGUUUGAUUAUAAUUAAGAGAGUAUAGAAGUAAAUAAGUUAGGAUAGAGUUCCAGAAAUCAAGAACCACAAAAUUCAUCUGAUAUACUGUACAUCUGCUUGACUCCUGUUCUCAGUUUAGAUACUGUAGUUCUUUCAGUCGGUGCUUUUUAACGAUUAUGUAGCUAAAUCAUUAGCGAAUUAAGAAUAUUUGUGAUUUCAGUUGUUUGCGUUUGCAAACCCUGUUUCAAGCACGUUUAGUCUGAUGGAUAGCAAGAUCGGUGCAUCAGAGCUCCAGUAUAAAUAAGCACCUUCUCAUUAAUUCAACUGUUGUGGACAUCACAGUACAUGCAUCUUUUCCGUAACUUUGUACAGCAUGCAUGUACAGAGUUGCCCAUCAUGAUUAGGUAAAUGGGAAAGCCUCUGCUCCUGGGUGCUGUGUGCAUGCAUCACAAAAUACCCAUGGAAAUAUCGCCUCAAAAACUUUAUUAGCAAGUUAUAAAUUCAACACAGUUGCCAGUUUGCAAACUGGAGCUUUGAAUUACUAUUUUUUUCUUCUCCAAGCUCCAGAGGAAAUGUCUCGUGUGAGAACUAUAGAAUAAUUAAAGAAAAAAAAUCAUCCAUAGAACUUUUUGGCUGCAUACCUUGGAUUGUAAGGCUUGUAGACUCAUAAGAGAGCUGAAGAGCAACACAAACUUUCCUAAGACAAUAUGACGCACGGUGCAGUUGAGCCUGUUCUUUCACAAAGUGUUAAAAAUCCUGCCUUGCUGAAAAAGUUAUUCUAGCAUGUGUUACUUAUGUUGUUGUAUAGUAUACAUACUCCAGUUAUGUUGUUACUGAGGUAAGAGCAGCUUCAUUUGAGUGUUACCCCACAGAUCAUCCUUGUUCUCAUUCUAGCAAAGUCUACUUUGAUAGGUCUUCAGCACUUUCUGAAAACCCCUUGCACCUUCCAAGCCAGGUUUGCUUGGAGAUUUUAUGUCAAUAUUCUUUUAAACGUUGUGCCAAGAAACAUUAUGGCUUUUCCGAUCCUAUCAGUAUCCAAAUGCAACACUUAAUACCUCCUAAUCCAGAUGUAGGAAUUAUCUGUCUCCACCACGACCAUCCUUCCCAGCAUACUAGGUGGAAGCAGCUUCCAUAGGCAUGAAUGGGACUGACUUCCAGCUCAGCUUUUCUUUUCUUUGCAGAAUUAAUGAUGUAGUUAAAAAAAUACUUCCCAUUUUACACUCUGUAGAAUCCCAGCCUUUGCUUGUUAAAGGAGCCAUACUUGCAUCUUUUCUCAGGUAUGCAAGUGCCAAAUAAGAUGUGUCUAAUGCAGCAAAUGUGGCUCAGUGUUGUUGAUCGGUAAGAAAUGGUUAAUGUGUUGUGAUACUUUUACUGUUUACCAAAUUCUGCUUUGGGCAAAUUUAACUUCAAAAGCCUUUACAGUACUAAUUGGGGGCUUUUUUAGGAAGUGUAAGUUCCCCGUUCCUGCCCCAGGAUUCAUCAGUGGAAUAUGGGAAGCAGGUCCUUUCAUUUUGCCCUAAGCUGCAAGAAAAGCUGAUGAAAAGCUGCUGUUUGUUCCUGUGGUUCUUGAUAUGUCAUUUCAAAUGGUCUGGUAUGUGAAGUUCUGACAGUGUUCUGUGUUGAUCAUGGGUGUAGAUUAUAUAAAUACGUAAAAGCCUGUAAAAUAGAGCAGCGGUUGCCUUAAAAGUAAAUAACAUCUGAGCCCAAUUCUUGAGGUGGCAAAUUAAUUUUAAGAGUGGUUUCUGUCAUUCUGUCUUGAAAAACGCAUUCAGAAUUUAGGGAGCUUGUAGAAAAUGUGGAAAUACAGCUUCUUAUUUUCUCCCAUGGCUUUGUGCCAAUUCUUUUCUGAAGCUCAGCAGUCCAGCUUUGAAUUACUCCUUCCAUGAUCCCCUCGAGAUGGCCGUUACAAUAUUUGAAAUCACUUUUCUUUUUAUUUUGUAGACUUCUAGUGGGGGAGGGGUGGAGAAAGUGUCUGGAAUUGUUCAAACAAAGCAAAGAACUAGAGAAUUGAAUUCAGUUUUAGAUUGUAUUUCUUUGAUAGAAUGGAAAACCCCAAGCAGUGAGUCCUGACUUUAUACCAUUGAUUCCUAAGAAAUUUAGAGUUCAUCAUAAAAUGUCACAGGGUUUAUCAUAUGCAUAAAUGCUCUCCCCCUCCCCCUCAAAAAACUAGUUUGCUGAGAAGUAGGUUACCACAUUAAUGCUUUCUCUUAAUUUAUUCCGUCCUAUAUACAAAGAUUGCUAAUGUAGGAGAAUGUUUAUGGGUAUAACAUUCCACAUGUUUUGUGUGAUGAAUAGAUUGGUCAUUAGUUUUACCUAUUGUGCAAAAUUGGGAAACAAAGAUAAGUACGAGAGUAGUGUAAUUCUUGCACACUUCUGCAAAAAUCCAAAUGAAUGAAACAUCCCUCGUGCCAAUGUAUUAUGUUGUAAGCAUUCUUUAUUCUGUCUCAUUCCAAACCUCAGAAAAGUUUUCAAUAAAUUUAUCACUCUAAUAAAUUUAGCCAUCCAUUUUCUUGAUUAAAUUGAUUAAACACACAAUGUGUAUGCUUAACUGUGAAUAUUAUUAAUUACAUUAGCCUGAAAAUAUUAGCAUUGAGCAAUAAGAUCUUAAGUGUUGAUAUUCAGUGUAAAUAUUUAACAAUUUAGGAAACAAUGUUGUAUAAUACAUUCAUAUUUUGCAAGUUUUGUGAAUUUUUGUUUAUGGCUAUAACCAUAAUUCGUAAAUCAUGAAGCUUCCUUGUUAAUCUGUAUACAUUUUAAUUAUGAUUGCUUACACUUUAUGAAGUAAUAGCCACUUUUUUUAAUAGGACCUCAUGCCUUGAAGAUUUUGUAAAAAAAAAUAAACGCUUAAAUAAC